UGAUAGUACAAAAACUGUUUAUGACUUCGUACGAAAACAUUUGGAACUAAAGAUAGCAGCUAAGAUGAGACUUAAAUUGUUCUUUAAUCUGUUGUUGAUUAUUCUAGCAAUGGUUUUAUUUAUGACGAAAGUCAGUGCCAAACGAUGGGCUGAUGGAGUAGAUGGAGUGUGUGCCUAAUCACUUUUUAUAGUGUUAAAUUAUACCAAUAAAGAUGAUGUAGCAAGCUUAGCGAUAGUUGAUUUAAACAAGUAAAUUCAUUAUUUUUGAGAUACCAGCUGAUCUCAAAGCGUAGAGCUCUGAGAUACACUACUCACAAUGCAGGCAGCCGAAACUGAGCCCAAGCGUACCAAGAGUUAUAUUGAUGAGGUAUACCGACUUUUAGAGGAAAAUCCAGGGGUUGAAGAAAUAUUACUCAUGAAUCGUUCCGGUGUGCCGAUCAAAACGUCAAUGGAACGCCAAGACGCACUUCAACAUGCCUGUCUUUAUGAGAAUUUGCGGGAAAAGUGUCAGUCAUUUCUAUCAAAAAUGGAGCCACCACAGCUCCUGACCAUGUUGCGAGUCCGUACCAGAUUCCACGAGGUCCUGCUAACACCUGAUGGCAAGUGCAAAAUCCAAAGGAUACACAUCUUAAGUCAUCCAACUUCUUACACGUAAAACAUUCUUCUCACUUUGUACACAGCCCAAACACAACAAGCUGUUCAUUUAUGUGACUACCUGAAUAUAAAUUCAAUCAAAUAAGUAAUAAAUAGUCCUCAGAGCUUCAGCUUAAAAACAACAUUUAUUCCAAAAACAGAUGACAUUUUCUGACCAACAGAAAGUAAAUAUAUUCUUGUACUCGUAUUUAUAAAACACAUUUCAUUUUCAUACUCUUCAGUAUGUACAACAUAAACGUUAAGUUCUUCUAGAACUAAUGUAAAAUAUUGAA